GGAAGCAACUUUGAUUUGCAUCUCCGGCAGGGGUAACAUAGCCUCACAGUUGAGCCUCUUUUGCAGGACAGAAUGCCAUUCAUUCUUGCGUAUUACAGACAGAUCUGGCCCGUAAGUGCAGGACAAAUAGCUCCACACGAAUGGAGUGCAAAAUAUGUUCCUCAUAAUGGUCGUGAACAAGCUCAAUUUGCAGCUACUCGACCGCCGAACCCGAAGGGGGAAAAGGGUAAUAAAUCGACGCAACAUCUUGUAUGGAGAGCCGCUUUGGCCAUGAUGAGAAAAAAACGUAACAAUAAGGGUGAGCGAAAAGAAGUGAGGGAAAGUGUUUGUAGUCAUAACAGCAGAAGCCGCCCCACCAUAACUCCGAGCUGAUGCUAGUAUAAUAUAAGUGCCGUGGCAAG